AUGGUAUGGGGGGAGACAACUGGCUACAGAAUAGCACAUCAUGACAGUGACCUCCCUGAAGAAAUGGCGAUUAAUAAUUACCCUCGUACAAGUGGAAUAUCUAGGCCAUUCAAAGUUGGUCCAAUUACAAGAUAUGACUCUGGUAUUCCGCAAGGUGGUGACUCUGACCCUAUCAGAAAGAUAUAUAUGGGUGGUCGCAUUGAGGGUGCACUUCGUCUAGCAACUUCACAUCUUAAAGUUCAAGGUUUACCACAACCUGGUCGUGGACGUACGACUUAUAUUCGUCCGCAGAUUGUUGGACCACGUAUUGUAUCUACCCCCAUACCACACCGUGUUCCGAUUGCCAUUGCCGCUAGGGAACCUUCAUUAGAUAAAGAUGAUAUGGAAGUUGACCCGCAAGUACUUCAAGCAUCAUUUGGAAGAUAUAUCAUCCUAGCAAUUGACAGGGAUAAUCGUUUAUUAAUAGGAUCAAUUCCGCCUACUGGUCCGGUGACAUACAGAUCCAAGCUUCUUCCUGAUGCAAUGAGUGGCACGAUAUUAAGAGUUGUUGCGGGUUGGGGAUCAUUCUGUGCCUUAACUAUAGCCAAUAGAGGCUUAAUAUUAUUUGAGGAUGAUGGCAGCAGUGGCGGCUUUAUCGAAAAGUGGCAUGUAAUAUCUGGGCCCGACAAUAAACAGGUUGUUGAUUUUGUAGUGGGAGAAGACUUUGUGGUUUAUCUGGAUUCUGCGGGGGAACUUUUUGCAGUCGACCUGAAAGUAUUGCCCUAUUUAUCAACUAUUCAAUUGACUAACAUCCAAGAUACAUUUCAUAAAUUGACUAGCAAGAUCACAAACCUUGACAUUCUAUCCAACCCUCCACGUAUAGUACGCGUCAACGGAUGGUUCCGUAGGUUCGUGGCUUACGACGACUAUGGGCACGUCGUGAUCGCCGAAAGGACGAAUUCUGAUAUUAGCGACAGGUCCAAAUCACAGUUUGAACCCACCGUCUAUGAGGGAUUACAGAAUAACUCAUGCACAGCUGUUGCUUUUGGAGACCAUCACAUAAUGGCAUUAGUUGGCGGUAAAAUCAUGGUUUGGGGAGCAGAAUCCAAGGGAUGCGGAUGUUUUGGACUUGGCAACAGCGACCAGGUCCUGCAAUUAGAAGGAAGUUCCCGUGAUCGUGGCGGCCUCCAUCUCAAAAAUCCCACAGUAGUACCUACCGAUGGGCUUGUAGUAGCAAUUGCAGCCGGAGGCUGGCAGUCUUCAGCUUUGAUUGUAGACGGUCCACCACCGGUCUAG